CAAAGUUACAAAUCGGUAGGCUUCACUUUUUCUUCAAACUGUAGCAGUGAAGAAGCAGGUCACUGAGUUCUGAUUUGCUUGCCCCUCCCAUGGGACACCUAGUUCCGCCCCCUGUUGACCAGACAUGCUGGAAAGUCAUCUGCACAGGCUGAAGCCCCGCCUACCUCAGCAUUGUGCAGUAAAAUGUGACUACAACAAGAUGACCACAGAUUACUGGGAUGUGUCCUGCAGCUGGGCACAAGCUGAGUGAGUCUCAAGACGGAGAAGAGAGACACAGAGCAUUGGAAAGAUCGUUGCUUUACAAACAACCUCUACUAGCUGGAGACAAAGGUGAACAAUCAAAAUGGCGCCGUUGGUCCGCCAGUCAUCUGCCACGCUGGCGUGCGUGUACAGCAACUUCAUUCUGCUAGUCAUCCUGUGCGUGUUCAACUUCACCAUCCUCGCCAACAACCUGCCCGUCAACACAGGCUAUGGCAUCGCUCUCAUCCUCUUCUCAACCAUCGCCGCCAUUAUGGGUGUCACUGCCCAAGACCCGGAGGAGACGUUGCUGCGGUCCUUCUUGCUGUGCAUCUCCGUUCUGUGGACUGCAGUGGGCACGUACCACGUAGUGGAGGGCUUCUCGCCCACCGGAACUACGGACGCGCAGGCGCUGUGGGCCGGAUACGGCGCCUUCCUUCUCAUCUUCACCUUCUUUGUCUUUGGUUCUCUACACCACCGCUCCAAAUUCACUGCUGUUCUCUCACUAGGCUACUUCCUGGCCUGCAUCUUUGAGAUCUGCUCGCUGUGGCGGCCGUUACGGACGAGCGUGGGGGCCUACUACCUGCUGAUGGCGGCUCUUGCCCUCUACUGCGUCGUGUCCAUCUUGCUGCGCAAGUUCCGUUAUGGCGAGCCGUCCAGCACCUCGGCGGCCACCGUCCACAACCGCGCAGUGUCCCGGGACUACCUGCCGCUGGGUCACGCCGCCAACACCAUCGCCUUCGCCAUCUACGCUGGUCACGUGACGGGCGUGUAUCCCUCCGCUGCGCAGGGUUUCAUGUGGAUCUUGACAGCCGGCUGCUACCAGCUUUUGGCGGCUGUCGUCUCCGUCAGGCGCAGCGACCCCUACAACGGUUUUUACUUUUUCCUUCACAGCAUGUUCUGGAUCGCCAACGGUUACAACCUCUGCAUUGAAUACGUCACCGGGGUGCCCGUUCCGCCGCUCAUCGCCGUGACUGUCAUCUUUUUCAUCACCUUUUUCAUGGUGGCCGUGGCUUCGCUCUUCAGCGAGAUUUACCAGUUCCUGCAGAACUUGGCGCUUUGUGUUCUGGUCGUGGCGGUUGAGGUGGACGGGUCACGUGGCGCCUUCCUUGGAGCCAUGGGCUGGAUCCUCUUUGUCUUGUCGCUGUACGGUCUGGCAGCUCACGUUUCGCGAGCCAAACACUCCUCCUUCAAGUUGCCGCUUGGUGUCCGCUGCAUCGACGGGCCUCGAUUCCGGAAGUUUGUGGAGAGAAGCUGCAAGUGCUGCCUGUCCUGCUUCUACGGCAAACUAGGGGACGCAACUCGAAGCUCCAGGACCAGGACGCUCUUCUCCGAAGACUUCAUCCUGGGCUACUCCAAGUACCUGGACCUGGAUGUGGUCGGCUUCGCGUCCAAUGCCAUCGUGGUGCUGGCCAUAAUGUGGACGCCUCAAGGCCUGUGGGUCAUCCCCUGGGCUGUGGUCUUUGGCGGACUCGCUCAGUUCAUUGUUGGCUCCGUCAGCUUUUCCAGAGGAUUGACGUUCGAGUCUUGCUCUUUCAUUACCUUCGGAGCGUUGUGGUGCAUAUGGGGGCCAUACCGAGGCUUGGGUGCCUUGGCGCAGGACAAUGGCCCGGAUGUGGUUGUGGGAUUGGUAGCUUUCCUCUGCGUCGCAGUGCUCCUACUGGUCUUGUCGCUGACCAUCAGUAAGAUGUGGACGGUCGUCAUCUUUAUGUUUAUCAUGAUCCUCAUCGGCUUCCUUCUCUUCGCCCUUGGUCUCCAGGCUGCCUUUGUGUAUGAGAUAGUGAUCGGCAUCGUCUUUGUGCUGGUGUGUCUGUACUGUUUCGUCAGCACCAGCCUCAAGGCAGUCAUAGGGAGGGAUGUCCUCCCUUUCGGAACCCCCCUUCUCCAGGUCAGCUUCCUCCAUUCACAAGGCAGCCGGGCUCUGUGGGCGGACGCCAGGAGAGCAACAGGAGUGAAGACCAUCGCAGACAUCAUGAACCGAGGUGGAAUCUGCGGCAUUCCAACUGAUGUUGUCUACGUGCUGGUUGCGGCUGUCAAGUUUCCAGACGCCGUGAAGAGAGCCUACGAUACGAAGAAGGACGCGGAUGACCGGCCCAUGUCCAUGUGGAUCUCUCGUGUGGAGCAGCUGGAAGAGGGCCGGGGCUUGUUUGGCGAGCUGGUGUGGGCCUUCAUGAACGAGAUCUGGCCCUCCACUGUCAGUCUCGUCAUCCCCAAAGGUCAGUGGUUGGAGAACCUUGGUAUCGGUUCUGCCAACAGCCUGGUCGGACGGCCGGACAGCAUCGCCGUGCGCAUGCCCGACAACUGCGUGACGUCAUACCUGAUAGACCAGACGGGGCCGGUGGCCACGACCUCCGCUAACCCCACCGGCGAGGCCGACACGACCCACCACCUGCAGGUGCUGGCCAAACUGGGAUUGGAAAAUGUGGACGGGAUCCUGUGUGCCGGCCCAUCUCCCGAGAACAUGGCGUCCACUGUGGUGGACACUCGCCGCAUGAGCCAGGGGCAACUCAGCUUCUUCCGUAUCGGGGUGGUGCCCAGGGCGCGGGUGGAGGCGCUUUUUGAACAGGUCCGCACCAACUUCAACAACAACGGCCCCACCAUCCCACCGUCCAUCACCGCCAACACACCCAGCGGGGGACACGUCAACCCAGCUUUCGUCAACGACAACGGCGACAGCAACAGCGACAGCGGUGUCAGCGGCGGCAAUGGGGCGGAGGACACCGGAAGUGACGGCAACGACUCCAACCCUGUGCACCUGCCAGACCCCGCAACCUCCCAGGUCCUGUUCGAACAGGGCCAGAGCGGGGGCCCGGACAUGUACUCCCAGCAUCCGCAGGGGCACGACAACCUCGUGUACGACACGUCAGCUGACGGCGAGACUUUCGGCAGCGACUUCUCCAGUCCCUUCAGCAGCGGCCGGGCCUCCCCGACAGGCUCCAACUCCGGUCGCCACUCCUCGUCUCCCUUCGCUGCAGGUCGGCAGUCGUCGCCGUCAAUCGAGGAGCUGAACGAAGUCAGUUCUCCGUAUGAGCCGAUGGUGGUGCUGCCCUCUGGCGCCAUGCAAGCCCAGUCGUCCCGGCAGCCGGGUGGCAGGGUGGCCAGUCCCCAUCCACACUUUCGGGUCAACCCUCUGUUUAAUGAAAGUCCUCAGAUUUAGACUGACGGACAGAAGUUAAGGACUACAUAGACAACCCUUUAAAAGUAUCAUUUAAAGGUACAAAUUAUUGUAACGGAUGUUCUUUUAUUUUGUCUCAGCUGCACAAAUAUUGGCACAAUACAAAUAAUAAUAUUGUCACUACAGAUAUCGGCACAUCCUUGCCACUUAUCUUUUGUCUUUAAUUUUUCGAUCUUUCGCAAAGAGGUCAUUUCUCAUAGACUGUUAGCUUUAGUUCAGUCCGACUGGCAUGAAACAAUAUCUUUGCAUUUCGUCCUCAAAGCGGCAUGAAGCUUAACGAGUGCUUAGAGUUGACCUCACACACGGCGUGACGUCACAUACACGACGUGACCUCUCACACACACACAGACGCUGUACAGUUGCACCUGCUCCGGCGCUUGUUUGCACGGAGCCUGCACAGAGCAUCACUGUGUCACCUGUCGGGGUGAAGAUUAUGAUUUCUUUGGAAUAUUUUUCCUUUACGUAUGAUGUAAGCAUAAGAAGAAAAUCGUGAAUGGGCCAUAAUCUGUGAUUCAAAUAGUUGUACAUAACCUUGCAUAACAUUCGUGCUGCUAUUAUUAUAUAUCUUUUUGAGCUUUUGGUGCUUUUUAAACUGUUAUUUACUGCUACUGGUUCUGAGAAGAGAGAGGAAUACAUAUGUAUAUAACGACAGACAGACAGAAAGAGAGACAGACAGGCUGACAGAAUGAACGCAUAGUCCUGAUUGCAGUUCGCUGUCAGUAAUAUUUCUACAUAUAAACAUUUUAUCUUUUCGCUACAGACUUUCUACUGAGAUAUUUCCUAAUAUUAGAGAGUCUGGAAUGAACAGAAACGAUUUUAUUCAAUUUUAGAAUAAAAUACUAAAACGAGGUGAUGUUUAAUUUCAAGUGGUGUUUUUCGGCCUCGAUUGCCAUCUAGUAGCUCCAGAUAAGUUUUGUCGGUUUCUUUUAUUGUAGAAACUUUCCUUUUAUUAACCAUGGAAAGAACUAGACGGUCAAAAUAGUAAAAAAUGUUGAAAGUAAAGGCAGUUAAAAUAAUUAAUAAAGAGCAGGCGUGCAGCGUGUGACCAUCACUAACUGUGAGACUUGCUGGAGCCAGAGUGGCUCAUCAUCUCCACAUGUAAACACUGGAUGUCAAUGUGUACGUAAGUGUGUACUGUUCUGUACAGAUAAGUGAGUGUGUAAAAGCCUUGCAUCAAACUGUACAGAGGUAUUUUGACGAUUGGUGACUUUUAAAGUUAGUGUUCGUAC